AUGCAGCAAUAUCGACGAGCGGGCAGGCCCAAGUCGAAAAAAGGCUGCAUUACCUGCAAAAUCCGCCACGUAAAAUGCGGGGAAGAAAAGCCCGAGUGCAAGCAAUGCACCACCACCGGCCGCAAAUGCGACGGAUACUCCAGCGCCUCGCAAAAGGAACUCCAUGCAAACAUCACUAAGUCAUCAUACGCACCAGUCGUGCCGGAAAAAUCCUCUAUUAGUUCCGACAGCCGUAUCGUCUUGAUCCCUGGUACUCGGCAGGAGCGCCAAUAUGUCCACUUCUUCUGUGCCGAAGCCACGGAUGCCCUGUCGGGAUUUUUCCCUUCAGAUUUCUGGAAUCGCUUCCUGCCUCAAAUGAGCCAUCAUAAUUCUACAAUGCGCCAUGCAGCUGCAGCAGUCGGUGCUGCUUACGAGCAAUAUGCCCUCCGCGCCCCGGGCGAGAAUGUCAACGAAGGCUUUGCUUUACAGCAAUAUAAUAAGGCUAUUCAGUUAUUACAAGAGCAGAUUCAGACUGCCCGGGCCUCGGAUUUUGACGUCAUGCUCAUGACCUGCGCUCUCUUCUCAUGUCUGGAAAUGCUACGCUCGAAUCAGAACGGGGCAAUGGACCACGUCGAAGGCGGGCUUAAGAUCCUCAUCUCGAAACUUCCCUCUCAGGCCGCCAACAACAGUUCCUUGAAAUUCCCCCCCGAAGACCCAACAGCCCAACCCUUCUUCACCAAGGACUACACUCACGACGACGACGACGAUACACCAACCCUAGUUUUCGAAACCCUCUCCCAAGCCCGAGACUGCAUAACAAGCAUCAAACUCCGUGCCUUAUCCCUCCUCCACGAAAUCGGCUUCAUAUUGACUGUCCCGCCAGUCCCGCACUCACCAGAGCAUCAAGCGCGCAAAAAACGCCUCAUAACCAAUUUCCACGCCUGGCACCACGCUUUCGAAAAAAUGAUGGCUAGACCGGCGAAGGAGGUGGGUAUUCGUGACCCGCGCGCUCCGCUCACCCUGCUGAUCGAGUACCAUGUCUCUUAUUUCUGGCUGUGUAAUUGUAAUGCGCGCUAUGAGACGGAGUAUGAUGGGCAUUGGGCUGAUUAUUUGAAGAUCGUCGAGUGUGCGGAGGAAAUUAUUAGGUUGAGUGGGGAUGAUGGGAGCGGGAGUUCGCCUUCGCCUUCGUCUUCGUUCUCGGGCUCUAGCUCUAGCUCUAGCUUCAGUUCCAGUUCUAGCUCUGGCUCGACUCCGGUUACGAAUGCCGGGGGUGACAGCUCCCUCCCAUUCCGCAGACGAUUCGCUAUGGAAGCACCCGUAACACCAUCCCUCUACUGGACCGCGUAUAAAUGCCGGGACCCGCUGCUCCGCCGCCGGGCUAUACGGGCUAUAUUACAGUUUCCGAGUUGUCAGGGUGGGUGGGAGAAUCGGCGGCAUGCGGCUAGUGCGAUUAGGAUUAUGGAGAUUGAGGAGGGUCCUGUGUCGCAUUUACCUGUUGCGGAGCGAUUUGUUCAGAAUGGGUGGAGGGUUGUUGAGCCGUUGCAGUGUUCGGCGGAUGUGAAGGAUGGGGAGGGUGUUAGUUUGCUUUUGCUUAUGAGACCGGAUGGACCGGAGGGGGAGGUUUUUGAGAGGAUGGAGUUUGUUGAGUGGCCGGGUCAUGGGGAUGAAUUAGGGCAGAGCUGGAGUUAG